AUGUACCAGGCCAUCCCCUACAGCAGCGCCCGGCCGUGGCUGAUGCCGCCGGCGGCUGAGGAGGCGGCCGUCGUCGCCGUGAAGCCGGAGCCGGCGGGGCUCGGCGUGAACCCGGCCGUGCACGAGGUCGCCGACGAGUCCGCGCUCGCCGGGGUCGUCCCGGCCGGCGCCGCCGCCGAGGCCGUCGCGCUGCCCGCUGUGUUCGUCGGGGGGAAGCUCCUGGGCGGGCUUGACCGGCUCAUGGCCGUCCACAUCUCCGGCGAGCUCGUGCCCAUCCUCAAGAAGGCCGGUGCCCUCUGGCUCUAA